UGCUGUGGUCUAACUGUCGUCUUCCUGUCUCGGCUGGCGACAUGCGAUGUUGUAAACAGCGUUCAUAGCGGCAUUUUUGUGUUAUUGUUUCACUCGAUUUCACUUGUUGUACAUUACGUCAAUCGAAAAUGGUGAAGUUAACGCCAGACUUGAUCAACCAGUCGAUGCAGUACAUCAAUCCGGUGCGGGACCGCGAGCUGGACUUACGAGGCUAUAAAAUACCAGUAAUCGAAAACAUGGGUGCAACUAUGGAUCAAUUUGAUACCAUUGACAUGUCCGACAAUGAUGUCAGGAAGCUGGAUGGUUUCCCUCUUUUGAAAAGAAUAAAGUGUCUACUAUUAAACAAUAACAGAAUUGUGAGAAUAUCUGAUUCUCUUGGAGAACAAGUCCCCAAUUUGGAGUCUCUAAUUUUAACAGGAAAUCAAAUGCAAGAAUUGGGGGAUCUGGAUCCUCUCACAAAUCUUAAAAACCUGAGCACAUUGAGUUUGUUAUAUAAUCCAGUGACUUCCAGGCCACACUACAGAUUAUACCUCAUUUAUAAGCUACCACAGUUAAGACUACUUGACUUCCAAAAGAUUAAGCAGAAGGAGAGGGACGAAGCAAAAACUCUGUUUAAGAGUAAAGUUGGAAAAGAAAUUCAGAGAGAAAUUGCCAAGAAGGCGAAAACAUUUGUUCCCGGUGCGGGAUUACCUGUUGAUAACCCAGCAAACAAAGGACCCUCUGCGGAAGAUCUUUGGAAGAUGCGAGAAGCUAUCUCUAAAGCCAGUUCACUGGAAGAAAUUGAGCGCCUCAACCGGUUGCUUCAAGCGGGGCAAAUUCCUGGUAAAAAGGAAACAGCCAAAGGCCUUGCUUCAGCAGCGGCAGCAGUAGCUGAGGAGGAAGAAGAAGAGGAACCAAUGGAUACUAGUCACACAUCAAAUGGGAAUUAGAAUCUUGAAGUUUUACUUCAGUGAUUUUUCAAAGAACCGAAUGACUGGAGACACUUUACCAAGAAAGAAACAACCAUUGGCACUACAUCAUUUCAUUUCUCAUUUGGUUUCAUAUUUUGGGACAGCCUUCUUAUGAUCGGACCUACCUUCUUUUUUUUUUCCCUUCCUUUUUGUUCUGAAACUCUCAUCACAUUAUUUCUUUUGCUUUAAACCCCCUCCCCACAACUUUUUUUCUUCUGUAUUUGGUUACAGGUAAGUAUGAAUCUUCCAAGUGCAUGGGAAAAAUUGCCUGGUCAACUAUUUGAUUGGUCAUGUUUUCCCUAUAGGGGUUUUUAAAUGUAUGUUUUGAGACUCAUUUAAUUUACCACUUAUUUCCUUGUUGUGAUUUUUUUUUCUGUUAAAACUAUUGCAAUGAUGAUGUUAUGUCUGGAAAGAACAGAACUACUACAAAUGUAUCAGUCAAAACGAAUGUGACUUGUGCACAUAAUAAAUUGUACCUAAAUUGUUUA